AUUAUGAUUACUCCCACGAGCCAGGAAGAGGUCUCUCUCCAAUAAAUACUACUUUCUCAGGACUUUCUCGCUUGUGCUUGAAAUUCGGCUGUGUGCGAAAGUGGUCCAAGUGCCCCCAAGAGCCACCCAGCCUCCUUCUGCUGCUUCUUCUUCCAUUCUUCCAUCUUCGACUUUCGUCUUCCACCUCUCCAGGCCACCACUCCCAAAACCAAUUACUAAGAGAUCCCACGACUGCCUAAAUCGACAUCACGAGAUCUCCGGGGAUCUCGACCUGACUUGUAAUUCUACAAGUCGCUGCAACAACAUCUCCAUGUCCGAACAAAGGAACCAAGGGACUCGAUCUUCCUCCCCUCACUGUCGGCCUCGAUAGACACGACUACAUUCGCAGACACCAACCCUUCAGACCCCGACGAGACCACAAUAACCACUCUUGAGGCGCGUCUGGACGCCUCGCCAUAUCGAUGGCAACCUUCCAGACAUACCCAGCGCCUCCCCCAGGCUACGCGGCAUACCACUACCGCUCUCCACCGCAUACACCUCCUCCGGCAGCAGGAUAUGCCUACUACUCUCCAAGAAACUACUCGUACUCCGGGCAGCCUACGAAAGGCCACACGCGUCGCGCCACCGGUGAUGGCGCCACCUACACCUUUACAUACAGCUCGACUCCACCUCCACGCAAGACGAGCCACUAUGCGCCCACCUACCGUUCCACCCCGGAGCCCACAUACCACACGUCGGCACAGUCUACUCCGCAGCGGAAAUCCGACUACGUACCUAUCUUCACUGCUGCUGCAGACACUACCAAUACGAACCGACCACGACGAGCUUCGCACACCUCAAAGCCGACUCAUGCUCCGCCUCCGCGCCGGCCGAGCACUGCUACGAAGCCGCCACCGAAGGCAACAGAAGAAGACGCGCGUCGCGCUGGCAUUCCUGCCGGCUACUCAUACAAGAACUGGGAUCCUACUGAAGAGCCAAUACUGCUGUUAGGAUCUGUGUUCGACGCAAACUCCCUCGGGAAGUGGAUAUACGAUUGGACAGUCUUCUUCUACGGUCCGGCCACUCCCAUGUCUGAGGUCGCCGGCGAGAUGUGGCUAUUACUCAUACAACUCGCGCAUAAAGUGCGUCGCGCCGAGGAGAUCAUGCCGCGCAUCCGUGCGCAGACAUCACGCGACCUGGUCGAAGACUUCCUCGAGUCUGGGGAGCGACUAUGGCAGCGAUUCAACAAGCUUCUCAAGAUCUGCGAAAACUACAUGUGGAAGGCCGCAAAGAAGGAGAGUGGCAAUGCAAAGAACAUUACAAUGGGAAAGAGCAGUGGAAGCGAGUUUGUGGAAACCAUUUUUGGACGUGACAGGGAGUUACAGCGCACCGAAAAGUUGAUGACUGGCAUGCGUCUUUGGAGCAUGCGAUUCGACGCCAACUGCGAAGAGAUUCUUCGCAACCCUGGCAAAUAAACAGGCUGCAGUCGGACACGACGCUGCUGCUGCUGCCUGGAGUGGCGACCCGGCUGUCGGCAUGCAAUGGUCUCGUCUCUUGGACCUUGUCGUUGCAUCUCGAUACGCCCUCCGCCACUCGUUCUCUUCUACAAAAAACACCAUGGGAAUAUACACGGGCAUACUGGCGUUACUGGAUCCUGAUUUAGCAUCAUGGAUAUGGAUUAUUUACGUUCUUCGAUCUGAUUGGCAAGGGGACUGUGUACGAAUAUGGUGAUCACGCGCGUUACAGGUUGCAGGCAUGGUAGCAUGGACCGAAAAGUGUUGGUCUCCGAUGGCAGGCGAUAUGAGUCAUUGUUUUGAGCGUAGCACUGCUGCUGCACCGCGUCUUGGGCUGGUCAUGGGAAGGAAAAGCUGACGUGUUAUUAGCGAUAUACCCUUUUGCGACAUAGUACGGUGUCUGGGAUCGACUUUAAUUGUUAUUGAUAGAGAAGACUAUGUGCUUCCACGUUUUAAAUAUACUCCAAACAACUUGAUUAUU